AUGGGAAAUGUGACUGCCCAAGCAGAUCUCUUUGUUUGCGCCGAUCCGGAAGAUCAUGGCAUGUUGAGACUUGCAAACUUCUCCAACCUGGUGUCCUACGGAACAUCAGAUCAGGAUAGCGGCUACCGCUCAGAUCUGAAAGGAGCAAAAAGCGGACUGGCAGAGUGGUGGCGCUUGCAACAGUGUUGGAAGCGCGUGCAAGACUUCGAGGAACACCACGGGCCGGUCUGCUCACACAUCAUGUCUGCAGGAGAGGUAGCAGAUCCUGAAGCCAUAUCGGAAACUUCUGUCUGCCACAAUCCGAAGGCGGCACGCGACAAGUAUGGCGCCCAGUUGGACAAGGUCUUCUUUGCCAACAGGGACCAUGUCUUUGGCGGCUCCCGCCGAGGAUUCGAACGGGCAGCAACGAUGAUGUCCCGGAUUGAGAGUGAUUACUUCCGCAAGACGUUGACCACGUACUAUCCGUUGGAUUGGGACCUGGUGCUGAAUUCAGACUGGAACGGUCAGUUGCACUGGUCGGGCAUUGUCUUCCCACGUGACGUGCUAGAUCCUGAGCAUUGCUGCAGUCAGCAGGAUCUGGAGAAGAAGCUGGCGCAAUUGAAAGAGUUCGAUAAGAACGGCACGCGCGUGGAUGGCAAAGUGUGUCUCAGCUCUUACAGCUUCGCUCCGGACACAAUGCGGUUCCAGUCUGAGGUAUCUUUCCUCCUUGACAUGCUGCGAGGUGGAAUCGAGAUGCAUGACCGCAUUGAGGAGCAAUUUCGGAACUUUACCAACCUCGUGCGAUACAGGACGGCGGAGGAUGACGGGGGGUACAAGGCAGACUUGAAGAACAUCGAUCAGCCUAUGCGAUAUCAUGAGCCUGGCACCCCCCCCGGCCAGAAGUCAAUACAGUGGUGGCGCUUGCAGCAGUGUUGGGGGCUAGUGCAGCAAUACGAGAAGCGCUUUGGCUUCAGGUACGACUUUUAUUACAAAACGCGGACAGAUUGUGAUAUGCGUGGGGGGUGCUACACGUGCCUGGGCGCGUACGAGGCGGCCACCAAAAAGUAUGGUGCCCAGUUGGACAAGGUCUUCUUUGCCAACAGCGACCGUGUCUUUGGCGGUUCGCGUCCAGGAUUCGAACGGGCAGCGACGAUGAUGUCCCGGAUUGAGAGUGAUUACUUCCGCAAGACGUUGACCACGUACUACCCCUUAGAUUGGGACUUGGUGCUGCGUUCAGAAUGGCGUGGUCAGUUGCACUGGUGGGGCAUUGUCUUCCCGCGCGAUGUGCUUGAUCCUCGGCAUUGCUGCGACUUCAAGCAUAUCAAAGACAAUCUGGCACGGCUGAAAGAGUUUGACAAGAAGGGUAUGCACGUGGAUGGCAAAGUGUGCAACUUGAAGGGCGUGGCAAUGCGUGCAACCGCCCUGAGCGUGAGCGUGGCCGUGCGCAGUGGCACGACCCCGAUCCUAUUACUGGACCCUACAGAGGUGGAGGAGACCGGCAGUGAUGCUUUGAUCACCGUGGCCGUUGAUGGCAGCCGUGGGCAAAUGGUCUCCUGCAUAUCAGGCCGAAUUCCACUCGAUGCCCCUACCUGGGCGAGCUGCCUAGAAGCUGCCACAAAGUCGUGCAAAGUUCUCGAGGCUUUUAUCCGCAUGAGCCUGCAGAAGCGGCUUGAGACCUUCCUGAAGCCGGGCUGA